AUGUACCCAGGCACCCAGGCACCCAGGUUAGCUGAAAACUUCUGUGUCUGCCAAUUGGCCAUUGGGGACAUGCUGAGGGAUGUGGAAGCUUCUGGCUCAGAGCUUGGAAAAAAGCUGAAGGCAACUAUGGAUGCUGGGAAACUGGUGAGUGAUGAAAUGGUAGUGGAGCUCAUUGAGAAGAAUUUGGAGGCCCCUUCCUGUAAAAAUGGCUUCCUUCUAGAUGGCUUCCCUCGGACCGUGAGGCAGGCAGAAAUGUUCGAUGACCUCAUGAAGAAGAGGAAAGAGAAACUUGAUUCUGUUAUUGAGUUCUGCAUCCCAGACUCCCUGCUAAUCCGAAGAGUCACUGGAAGGCUGAUUCACCCCAAGAGUGGCCGAUCGUACCAUGAGGAGUUCAACCCCCCAAAGGAGCCCAUGAAAGAUGAUAUCACGAGAGAUUCCUUGAUCCAUCGAUCAGAUGAUAAUGAGAAAGCCUUGAAAAUCUGCCUGGAAACCUACCACACUCAGACUACCCCACUCGUGGACUACUACAGGAAAAGAGGAAUCCACUUUGCCAUCAAUGCCUCCCAGACCCCUGACCCCUGA